UCAAGCACACCAAGGACGGGUUUUAUUACAUUAUGAUAAUCGAUCUAUUCGGAAGGACACUGGAGUUUACCGUUUCCGCUUCCUUUCUACACGGAGUUUCCGAAGUGGAAUAUCAUUAAGGACGUCCGUUUCUCGACAUGGCUGGUUCGGAUACGGAAGGAGAUGAGAUUCCCACCCCUGUUGUGGCGGCGGCCGCUGGUGCCAUGGAUGUGAUGACUGCCCUACAGGAGGUCCUCAAAACUGCACUGAUCAGUGACGGGCUAGCCCGUGGUCUCCAUGAGUGUGCCAAGGCUCUUGACAAACGUCAAGCUCACUUGUGUGUUCUUGCAAACAACUGUGAUGAAGCUAUGUACGUAAAACUCGUCGAAGCUCUCUGUGCAGAACAUGGAAUCAACCUGAUCAAGGUUGAUGACAACAAGAAGCUCGGAGAAUGGGUUGGUCUGUGCAAAAUUGACAAGGAAGGAAAAGCAAGAAAAAUAGUUGGUUGCAGCUGUGUUGUUGUUAAGGAUUAUGGGAAGGAAUCCCAGGCCCUUGAUGUGCUCAACGAGUACUUCAGAAACAAGAAAUAAACUGUUAACUUCUGCCAAUAAAUCAGUGCAGUUUUGAAA